AUGUCCAUCUAUGUUAUCACCGGCGUGUCCAAGGGAAUAGGCUUCGAGUUCCUCAAGCAGAUCUCGCAAGAACCCAAGAACCUAGUCGUCGGUCUGGUCCGCGAUAAAGCAGCAACCGAGAAGAAGGUAGCGGCAGAGCUGGGCGACCGCUCCAACGUCCACAUCCUCCACGGAGAUCUCGACGACUACGCCAGCCUGAAGCAAGCCGCUGCCGACACGGCCGCGAUUGUCGGCGAGCGCGGUAUCGACUACCUGGUCGCCAACGCGGCUCUGGUGUCUACUUUCUACCACUUUGAUUACCCCGGCGUAUUGGGAGACAAGCCCGAGGAGCUGGAGGAGGCCGCGGCCAAGAUCUUCCGCACCAACGUCGUCGGCAACAUGCACCUGUUCAACCUCUUCGUGCCGCUCGUCCUGAAGGGCACGGUCAAGAAGGUCAUCGCGCUCUCCAGCGGGAACUGCGACCUCGACCUGAUCAACGAGCUCGAGAUCGAGACGGCCGUGCUGUACUCGGCCUCCAAGGCGGCCAUGAACGUCGUCGUGGCCAAGUACGGCGCGCGGUACAAGAGGCUGGGCGUGCUCUUUUUGAGCAUCAGCCCCGGCGCCGUUGAGGUUGGUCACUAUGCGGAGACCACCCCGGAACAGACGCAGAGCUUGGUGGGAUUCAUGGGCAAGCUUUCGGCCUAUGCGCCUCACUUCAAGGGCCCGAGCUCGGUGGAGGAAGCCAUCCCGCUCAUCAGGUCGACCUGGGAGAAGGCCAGCAUCGAAAGUGGGUUUGGCGGUGCGUUUGUCUCGCAACAUGGAAACAAGCAGUGGUUGUGA